AUGGGCGACAGCACCUUCGAGGUACAGGCCAAGACUGUCGCAAAUUCAUCAGACCAGGCAGCUAAAGAAGCAGUGACUGCUGCCAUCAGACGAUUCGAGGAACAGAACCCGGCUUCAAAGAAACAGCAUGAGGUUGCCACUAGUAUUCUACCGGGAGGUAACACUCGUACACUGCUACACACAGCUCCAUUCCCUCUGAGUAUGAAAUGUGGAAAGGGUCCCUAUGUCUGGGACGAGGAUGGCCACAAGUAUGUUGACUUCGUGGGAGAGUUGACCGCUGGUAUCUAUGGACAUUCUCAUCCUGUGAUCCGCGAGGCAAUUAUCUCUACCUUCGACAACGUUGGUUUGAGUUUGGGUUCAACCACCGUCCAGGAGCAGAAAUUCGCCGAGUUGAUCUGUGCACGGUUUGGCCUUGAACGUUUGCGCUUCACGAAUACCGGCACUGAGGCAAAUCUGCACGCCCUCAACGGCGUGAAGAAGUUCACUGGCCGCCGCAAGGUCCUCGUCUUCUGUGGUGGCUAUCAUGGUGCUGUCUUGUCGUUCGGUGAUGGCAAGGUUGCUGAGAAUAACGUGGACCGUGAUGAUUGGGUGAUUGGAAAGUACAACGAUAUCGAGGCGACCAGAUCACUCAUCAAGAAUACUCCCGAUCUUGCGGCCGUGCUAGUUGAGGGCAUGCAGGGCUCUGGCGGAUGUCUUCGAGGUACCAAGGAGUUCUUGUGCACCAUCCAGGAAGAAGCGAAAUCCGCUGGUGUCGUCUUCGUUCUAGACGAAGUGAUGACCUCGCGCAUUGCGCCUGGCGGUAUCCAAAAACUUAUGGGACUGAAGCCCGAUAUCACCACAUUUGGAAAAUACCUCGGUGGCGGAUUUCCAAUUGGAGCUUUUGGAGGACGAGCUGAUAUAAUGUCCGUUUACGAUCCACGACUUCCCGGAUCAUUGACACAUUCGGGCACUUUCAACAACAAUACCAUGACCAUGCAUGCCGGCUAUGCCGGGCUUUCUAAGGUGUAUACAGACGAAGUCAAUUUUGCUUUCAAUGGGAAAGGCGAUAGGUUCCGGGAGAGGCUUCAGUCCAUCGCCAAAGGGACAAAGCUAUCCUUCACAGGUCUGGGUUCCAUGUCGGCUCUGCACAUUACGGAGAGCGGAGCGGAGGACAUACAAUGCGUAUAUGAUGUUAAAGAGAAAUACGACUUAAAAGAUUUGUUCUGGUUAGAGAUGCUAGAAGAAGGGUACUGGACGACCCGAAGAGGAAUGAUUGCGUUGAUUUUAGAUACGCCGGAUGAAGAGUUGGACCGGUUUGUUAGCUGCGUCGAGAAAUUCGUGGAAAGACACAGUAACAUUUUAACUAUCGUCUAG